GACGCGGGGCCGCGCGGUGCCGUCCUCCGAGAGUGCCACGGCGCGCACCGGGCGCCGCACGGCUGCGGGGCGCGCCGCCCCUCGGUGGCCCCCCUCUCCCGAAGGGCUCGAGGGGGGCAGCCCCGCCUCGGCCCCCAUGCGCGGCGCGGGGAGCGGAUGCGCGAUGAGGGCCGGGAGGCCGCGGCCGCCGCCUCCCGGCCGCACGCCCCGGCGGGCCCCCCGGGCGUGUCGCUCCGCCGCCGCGCCUGCGGGGGCGGCAGCCUCGACGCGGCGGCGGCGGCCGCCGCCGCUGCCCUGGCGGGCUCUGGCGGCGGCAGCCCCGAGCCCCCGCCGGGCGUCGGCGAGGGGGGCGCGGCGGGCGUGCCCGCGGGGGGCGAGGCCUCGCCGCGGCGCGCCGAGGC